AUGGAUCCUCGCUACUCCCAAGACGGCGAACGUUACACCCCCCCUCCCACAACCUCCACCUCCUCCUCCGCCCGCCAAUCCUUCAACCGCUUCCGCGACUCAGUCCCCACCCGCGUCUCCACGCUCCGCUCCCAGAUCCAAGCCCUCCCCGACCGCUUCCCCCAGGUGACAGAAACGCUCCACAACAUCCCCGACAAACUGCAGUCCGUCCCCGCGCGCCUGCAGACCCUCCCAGACAAGCUCCAGACCGCCGGCAGCUUCGCCCAGGAGCAGCUCGCAAAGCUCCCCUCCCGCCCCUCCUCGCGCGGCUUCUCCUCCUCAAACUCCGCGCCAACAUCCCCCGUGUCAGACUACUCGACGACGUCGUCGUCCUCCGCGCCCGCGUCCACGUCCACGUCCACGUCCACGUCCGCAAUGGCAAUGCGGGCCCCCGGCCCCGACGACCCCGCGUACGACGCGGCGCUCGCGGCGCUCGCAGGGCGGAUCCUGUAUCGGUCCGGGUACGACCACGAGUCGGGCGGCCCGCUGCUGGUGCUGUGCGCGGCGAGCUUCCCCGAUGCGCGGCAGGUCGACUAUAACAAGCUGCUGCCGUACGUGUUGGGCAUCAUCCCGUCCGAUGAGGAGCUCGGCCCCGAGGAGCACGGCGGCAGCUACUCGGUUGUGUUUUUCUCGGGCGGCGGCGGCAUGCCCGGCACGGGGGGCACGAAUAAUGGUGGGGCGAGUGUGUCGCAGGGGAAUAGGCCGUCGUGGGCGUGGACGUUGCAGGCUUAUAAUUUGCUAGGAAGAGCGGUGCGGAAGAGGAUCCGCAGGCUGUGGGUUGUCCAUGAGAAGGCUUGGGUCCGUAUUCUGUUUGAGAUGAUGGCCGGCGUGGUUUCUGUCAAGUUCAGGAAGAAGGUCGUCCACUUGAACAGCCUAUCUGACCUCGCAAACCAUCUCAACAUCACCACUCUCAACAUCCCCCCAGUCGUCUAUUUCCACGACCGCAAACUCUCCCAAACAAUCACCAUCCCCACCCCGCCCCCGCCGCUCUUCGGCGCCCCGCCCUUCCACAAUGCCGCCAACCCACCCCGCAUAGGCGAGAACAUGCCGCUCCCACAAUUCCUCAUCGACACGUCGCGCUACAUACGCUCGAAAUGCCUCCACAUCGAGGGCAUCUUCCGCGUCCCGCCCAACUCGACCCUCCUCGACAUCCUCCGCGAGGCAGUGGACCGAAAGCAGUAUCUCAAACUGGACGAGUGGGGGCCACACACAAACGCCGCGCUCAUAAAGCUCUACUACCGCUCUCUGCCCGAACCCAUAUUCCCCGCGGAAUGCUACGACACGCUCAUGUCCUUCACACCCGCGACCGCCGGCGACGACAGCGACGGCGACGACCACAUCUUCACAAAAGUCAAGCACCUCCUCCUCGAAAGCGAGAAGGACCUCCUCCCGCCCGCCAGCCGCGCCCUGCUGCUAAAGCACCUCCUCCCGCUCCUCGCCCUCGUCUCCCAAUACGCGCCCAUCAACAAAAUGACCCCCAAGAACCUCGCCGUGUGCAUCGCGCCCAGCCUCAUCCGCUCAGACGACAUGGUCGCCGACGCCAAGGCGUCAUCGGGCGUGCGCAAGUUUCUCGAGGUCGCAAUCGAGCGCAUCGAGGAGCUUGCACCGCGGCUCCCGGAGCGCCCCGGCCCGGGGCAUGGAAGGCAUAGCUCGAAUGGCAGCUCGAUAGAGUUUGGCAUCAACCCGCCGACGCCGAGGGGGUCGCCGCCGCCGCCGCCGUAUGCGGCGGCAGGGGCAGCGGGGGGCGUGCAGAGGAAGAAGCUACCUGGCCCGGAGAGGAGGGGCGGUGAUGGGGGUGUGGGCCCGGCGAGGAAGUCGGUGGGUGAGAGUGCGCGGCCGUCGAUGGAUGGGCUGACACUGGUUGAUAAGGAGGACCCCCCGCUGUCCUUGGCGGCGCCGAUGCAGCCGCAGCAACAGCAGCAGCAACAGCCGGUGUUGACGCCCCCGCCGGUGGUGUAUAGACGCGGGUCGACACCGAGUGCGUCUACGUUUACUGCCAGCGCUGCGAUGCCGCCUCCCCCACCACCAGCGCAACCACAACUACAGCAACAGCAACAGCAACAGGACGCCGACGCAGCGCCCCCAGGCGGAAUAGUGCUCCGCCGCAAAGCGAGUCUCCAGGCCCUCGCCGGCGGCGGCGGCAGUAGUGGUAAUGGUAGGGACGAAGGGACACAGUCAAGAGGUCCGUCUGCAUCCUCAUAUUUAUCCUCACCCUCAUCAUCAUCUUCAACCCUAAGCCCCCAUAAUAUUAAUGCCCACCCGUUCCUAACCCGCUCCCUCUCCGUCUCUGCCACCGCCCCGCCGCGGGUCGUGCGCAGGGCUGUAUCGUCGUCUUUUUUGCCUUCUUCUACUACUUCUUUCCUGCCUUCUUCUGCUUCUGUUUCCCCUGCUGUAAAUGCAAAUGCUGCCCCGUCGUCAAGUGUCGCGGCCAUCGCAGGCGAGCUAAAUCGCGCUAAAUUCAAUCCGAACCAGAACCUACCCGCGACGAGCCUUCUGCGCGACCCCAGCCCCAGCAGCACCCCGAUGGUGAGGGCAAAGACGGCAGAGCUUAUAGUUGGGAAUAGCGGGAGGAGCCGCUCGGGGACGCUUAUAAGCUUAGUGGGAGGUGUGGGGGGUGGGGGGGAUGGGAGCAGCAGGAGGAGCUCGGUGGUGGGGGGACAGGUGCCGGUGGUGGCGGUCAGGGAUUUGAAGGCGCUGUAUGAGGAGCGGAGUAAGACUGUGGAGGUGCUGGUGAGGACGGGGGUUAGGGGGAGUGUGAAGGGGAGGUGGAGGGAGAAGUAG